CUUAUACAUUAUUCACUCACACACAUUUCCCACUUUUCCGGUUCAAAAAAAAAACCGAAAAAAAUCUUCUACGGAACCUCGGUACUAUAACAAAGAACAAACCUACCUGCAUUUUCUCUUCUUCUUCUUCUUCUUUGUUUAGUCAACUAAAAACGACGACGUUUUUAGAAUGACCGGGAAAAUGGUGGAGACGGUGGAGCAAUCUAACGAAGAAGAGCUUUCUCUUCUUUCAGUUUCAGAUAAUGGUGACCGGUCAUGGCGGUUGAACUUCGACUCUUUUCAGUUGAAUUCUCAGCAUACUGAAAAGACACCUAAACCCUCUUCUGGUAUUCAUGACUGCUAUGGUGUUCUUGGUCAAGAAGAUAAUAUUGCUGAGUACUAUCAGCAGCAGGUUGAAGUGCUUGAGGGCUUUACUGAAAUGGAUGCCUUAGCUGAACGUGGUUUCAUUCCCGGAAUGUCAAAGGAGGAGCGAGACAAAUUAGCCAGGAGCGAGACGUUUGCCAUCAGAAUAUCGAACAUAGCAAACAUGGUUCUUUUUACUGCCAAAGUUUAUGCAUCAGUCAGAAGUGGCUCCCUAGCCAUCAUUGCAUCUACUUUAGACUCUCUUCUGGACCUCCUUUCUGGAUUUAUCUUAUGGUUCACUGCAUUUUCCAUGCAAACACCAAACCCAUAUCAGUACCCUAUUGGAAAGAAGCGGAUGCAACCAUUGGGAAUUCUGGUUUUUGCCUCUGUCAUGGCAACACUAGGGCUGCAAAUAAUUUUGGAGUCUGCCCGCACACUAAUAUACACCGAUAAUACCUUCAGCUUGACUAGGGAACAGGAGCGCUGGGUUGUGGGUAUUAUGCUUUCAGUGACUUUGGUGAAAUUCAUGCUAAUGAUUUAUUGCCGCUCUUUUACUAAUGAGAUUGUAAAGGCCUAUGCUCAGGAUCACUUUUUUGAUGUGAUCACUAAUGUGAUUGGUCUAAUUGCUGCACUUUUGGCCAAUUAUUUUGAUGAUUGGAUGGAUCCUGUUGGUGCUAUCAUUCUGGCUUUGUACACAAUUCGCACAUGGUCAAUGACAGUGUUGGAAAAUGUGAAUUCACUUGUUGGAAGAUCAGCUGCACCUGAGUAUCUUCAGAAACUUACAUACCUCUGCUGGAACCACCACAAGGCUGUGAGGCACAUUGACACAGUUCGAGCUUACACAUUUGGGUCACACUACUUUGUUGAGGUUGAUAUCGUCCUUCCAGCAGACAUGCCUUUACAAGAGGCUCAUGAUAUCGGGGAAUCAUUGCAAGAGAAGCUCGAACUUUUGCCUGAGAUUGAGCGUGCUUUUGUUCAUCUCGAUUAUGAAUUCAGUCACAAACCUGAGCAUGCACAAGCACAUUCUUAGCAGCAAUGUGAAAAGCAAUGCUGACUUGCGAUUUUCAGAUGUAAAUGUGAAAUAUUUUAGUUAGAUCUGAAUCUGUACUAAGUACUGCGAAAUUGUUGAGAGCUGUAGAAUAUGCUGUGCAGCCUAUCAUGUAAGGAAAAUUAUUCUCUCCUCUUUCACUCUAUUUUCGUAUUUAUUAUGUGUAGAAGAUAUUUGUACCCUA